CCUGUCCGCCAUUAAAGAAUUCAAUCCAUGAAUUCAAAUGGAACCUACAGGACCCAAGAAUGAGUUAGCGACAGCUAAUACGUAGCAGGCUUUUAACGCUGAAUAGACAUAUCAGCAUCGUUGUUUUAUCGAUUUUUAUCACUUUUAACGAUUUUCGUCUGAUUCCCGUGGUAAUAGGUUAUAGAAUAGUGGCGUGGCUAACUGUUUUGUGUAGUCUUUGGUAUGUUAGCUUGAUAGCUAGCUAGUUAGCUAAAGUUAGCUGUCUAGCUAACAUUAGCUGAGCGAUCAGGGGGAGGGGAGAGUUCCUCUGCUCCGAAAUGGUGUUAGCUAACGCUAGCUUGAGUGACUUUUAGCUUUCUUGUGUUCGAGGUGGAGAUUAUAUUGCAGCUAUUUCUGUUCAUGUAAACGUACUGUUAGACAGCACUAUUUAUAUGUAGCUAGCCCAAAGACAGACAAUAGAUUAUAAGUUAGGUUCAAACAUUUGCUAGAGAGCUAGCCAAGCGUAAGCUAGUUAGCUAAAGCUAACGAGCAAACUAGGCUGUUAGCUACCUAGAGCUAAUGCUACCUAGCCUUCAACCGGUUGCGUAAAUAACUUGUUUGCUAGCUUAUCCCAUAGCCAACUUAGAUGUGCUGAAUGGUUUCCCUAGAUACUUAGGUGUAGUUACCGUGGCCAAACUUGGCAAAAUAUUACUCUUCUUGCGGUGACUGAGACAAUGGACUGUACAUUCACGCUUGUGUGAGAAGAUGAGUUCAUGUUUUGUACCAAACGGGGCUAGUUUGGAGGAUUGCCACUCCAACCUAUUUUGCUUGGCUGACCUGACUGGGAUUAAAUGGCGGCGUUUCGUGUGGCAGGGGCCCACCUCGUCCCCCAUCCUGUUCCCGGUGACGGAGGAAGACCCCAUCCUGUGCAGCUUCAGCCGCUGCCUGGCGGCCGAUGUGCUGAGCGUGUGGCGACGGCACCACAGCCCCGGACGCCGCGAGCUCUGGCUCUUCUGGUGGGGAGACGACCCCAGCUUCGCUGAGCUCAUCCACCACGAGCUCCCAGGUGAGGAGGAUGGGGAGUGGGAGAGCGGUCUGUCAUACGAGUGUCGCACGCUCCUCUUCAAGGCCAUUCACAACCUGCUGGAGCGCUGCUUGGUGAUGCGCAGCCUGGUGCGGGUGGGCCGCUGGUUCGUCAGGCCCUACGAGAAGGACGAGAAGCCCAUCAACAAGAGUGAGCACUUGUCCUGCUCCUUCACCUUCUUCCUGCACGGAGACAGCAACGUGUGCACCAGCGUGGAGAUCGCCCAGCACCAGCCCCUGCAGAGGCUGGCCGAGGAGCACCUCAGUCUGGCCCAGCAGACCUCCAGCCCUCUGCAAGUGAUCCUGAGUCCGUACGGCCUGAAUGGCAGCCUGACGGGACAGUCCUUCAAGAUGUCCGACCCCCCCACCCAGAAGCUGAUGGAGGAGUGGCGUCAGUUCUACCCCGUCACGCCACGCGCCGCACAGCGCCCCGACGACAGCAUGGAGGAGGGCGACUGGGAGGACGACUCUCUGGCCGCUGUGGAGGUCCUCGUGGCGGGGGUGAGGAUGGUGUACCCAGCCUGCCUGGUGCUGGUGCCCCAGGCGGAGCUCCCGUCCCUGGGCUCACAGGGCGCAGUGCCAGCCUCCUCCAGCAUGGCUGGAGCUCAGCAGGGCCUGGCCGGCACCAGAGACCCCGCCAUGUCCUCCGUCACCCUCACCCCCCCUACCUCCCCCGAGGAGGCCCAGAGAGACUCCCAGUCGUGCCAGCGCUGGCUGAAGCUGGCCUGCUCCUCCGAGAGCGGGGGCUCGCAGGACGGGGGGCUCCACGGGGGCCGACUCCCUCGCAGGCUGGCCAGCCAGGUGCUGGAGGGGGUGUGGCAGGAGUGCAACAGCAACAGAGCCCAGAGCAAGAGGAAGUUCUCCACGCUGACAAACGGUGGCUGUGAGGACGAGGCUGACAGGACGGACAUGUGGGACUUUGUGGAGGCAUCACAGAGGACGCUCUGCAGCUGCACGAGGCACAAGAACCAGAAGCAGCGUGCAGGCAGCGUCUCAGGCCACCCCCCCUCUGCCGGCCAGCCCCCCCAGCCUGCCCCCAAGCACAAGCAGGGGGAGAAGCCCGACAAGGGGGACAAGCAGCAGAAGAGACCCCAGACCCCCUUCCACCACCGCAGCCUGGCGAGCGAGGAGCCCGGCCCGGAGCCCCAGCCCCAAAGGGUGUGCCUGCGAGCCCAGGAGGAGGGCCCCUACCCCAGCCUGCACCACGUGGACGCAGCCCUCCCCAAAGCCCCCACGCUCCACGCCCACGGUCCCCCCGCCGACCUGGCCGGCUCCCCCCAGCCGCCCCCCCUCAGCCCCCACCUGUCGGAGAGAGGGGGAGGGGAAGACCCGGGCCCUGGGAAGAGCUCCUCCACCCCCACACACCAACACUUCUACCCCCCUUCCUCCGAGCCAUGCCUGCUGCCUCAGAAGGCCCAGUCGGAGGAGCCUUCCCUGGGGCCGCUGCCCCUGCCCUUCCCCCCGGCCUACCCGGAGCCCCUGGAGCACACCGCCUAUGUGGGCUCGGCCAUCAACCCCAACGAGGACACAGCCCACAACCCCUGGAAGUACUUCAACCUGCCCCGCAAGAAGCCCUCCAGCUUCCACACCCCCCAGCUGCCCCGGGACAAGCUGAGGGAGGACUCUGGAGGGGGGAUGGACGCCGUGGGGAUGGACGCCGUGGUGUCCGUCACAGAGUUGAUGUCGGGGUCGGGGCACCUGCUGAAGGUGUCCCAGGAGCUGGUGAGGACGUACACCCAGCGCAGGAACGGCCACCUGGGGGCGGCCAUGACGGGCGAGGAGCAGGACGGGGAGGCCGACCCCUACGCCUUCGUGGAGGGAGACGAGGAGUUCACCUUCUCAGGGAAGAAGGACAAGGCUGGCGGGGAGAGAGAAGUGGGAGAGAAACACAAGGGGGAUGAUGGAAACAGCUCCACUGACGAUGGCCAGGGCUCGGGCAGCAAGCCAGUCCCCUCCACCAGCCUCUUCCAUGAAGAAGCUGACCUGGCAGUGUCCUUCAACGACCUGGACAACAUCUUCAACUCUGACGAGGACGAACUAGCGCCGGGGUCUCGGAGAGCAGCAGCUGGAGCAGAGGAGAAGAAACCAGGAGCUCUGGACGCUCUGUCAAGCAUCAGCUCUGCAGACCUGCACCAGAUGUUCCCCACGCCCCCCUCCCUGGAGCAGCACAUCAUGGGCUACUCUCCCAUGAACCCGGGGGGGAAGGAGUACGGGGCGGUGGAGGGCGGGGCUGGCCUCACGCUGGUGGAUGGGAGCCAGCUCAGCGCCCUCUACAGGAUGGAGGUGGAGGAGGGCUUCUGCAGCCCCAAGCCCUCUGAGCUCAAGGACUUCUCCUUCGUGUUCAAGGCGGAGGCCUGCCCCCCCUUCACUGGCUGCUCCAUGUUCGCCCCCCUGAAGACCCUCCCCAGUCAGUGCCUGAUGCCUGUCCGCCUGCCAGAGGAGUGCGUGUACACGCCCAGCUGGACCCUGGGCAAGCUGGAGCUCAUGGCCUCUGCGCCCCCCCUCACCCUCCUCACCAAAGACAGCAACAUCCCCAGUGUGGAGCCGGACUACAGCCAGAGCUACACUCCUCAGACACACACGCCCUUCCUGUCCAACAGUGCCCCGCCCAGCAACGCUGGCAUCCUGCCGUCCCCCGCCACACCCCGCUUCUCCGCACCCACCCCCCGCACCCCUCGCACGCCCCGCACCCCCCGCGGCCCUGCCAGCGUCCAGGGCUCCCUGAAGUACGACAACCCCGACCUCUACUCCCCGGCCUCCACCCCCUCCACCUGCCGGCCUCUCAGCUCCGUGGAGCCGGCCACCGUGUCCUCCAUCCCGGAGGCCCACAGCCUCUACGUCACCCUCAUCCUCUCCGAGUCGGUCAUGAACCUCUUCAAGGACUGCAACUUCGACAGCUGCUGUGUGUGCGUGUGCAACAUGAACAUCCGCGGCGCCGACGUGGGCGUGUACCUGAGCGAUGACGGCGAGGCUCAGUACCCCUGCACCUGCGGCUUCAGCGCCGUCGCCAACCGGCGCCACGGCCAGUCGGCCGGCCUGUUCCUGGAGGACGAGCUGGACGUGGUGGGCCGAGGCUCGGAGGCCGGCCGCGACACGGAGAGGAGAUACGAGGAGAGGCGGGCGGGGGGCGCGCUCCGUGGGGGGCUUCUGAAGGAGCACCCCCCAGACGAGCUGAUCCUGCUGCUGCAGGACCAGUGCACCAACCCCUUCGUCCCCAUGGUGGCCGGUGGGGCCCCCAGCCCGGGCCCAGGGCCCAGGCCCUUCCUCAGGGUGGGGGAGAGAGACUGCUACAACGACUGCUACAUGGCCCUGGAGCACGGGAGGCAGUUCAUGGAUAACAUGUCUGGGGGCAAGGUGGACGAGGCUCUGGUCAAGAGCACCUGUCUGCACCCCUGGCCCCAACGCAAAGCUGCAGAUGUGAGUGCCCUGUUCUCGGGGGACGUGCUGCGUGUGCUGCUGUCGCUCCAGCCCGUGCUGCAGGACGCCAUCCAGAAGAAGCGCAGCGUGCGCUCCUGGGGCGUGCAGGGCCCGCUCACCUGGCAGCAGUUCCACAAGAUGGCCGGCCGAGGCUCCUACGGCACGGACGAGUCUCCGGAGCCGCUGCCCAUCCCCACCUUCCUGGUGGGCUACGAGUACGACUUUGUGGUGCUGUCCCCGUUUGGCCUGCCCUACUGGGAGAAGCUGCUGCUGGAGCCGUUUGGCUCCCAGAGGGACGUGGGCUAUGUGGUCCUCUGCCCCGACAACGAGGCCCUGCUCCAUGGAGCCAAGACCUUCUUCAGGGACCUGUCGGCCGUCUACGAGGCCUGCCAGCUGGGGCAACAUCGGCCCAUCUGCAGGGGCCACUCUGACGGCCUUCUGAAGGUGGGGGCCCGGGGCCUCUCAGACCAGCCUCUCAGCGACUGGCUGCUCAAGAUGGCGGCCAGCAGCGGUGACAGCGAGGCCUUCAGCAGGAUCAAGCUGUUCGCUCAAGUGUGCCGGCACGACCUCGCUCCGUACCUGGCAGAGCAAACACUGGACGCCUCCCUACUCACCCAGCGCAACCCUGCUCCUCCCCCCUCCUCCUCCCAGACCCCCGGCUCCUCCACCCCCUCCUCCGCCCCCUCCAGCCAGCCUGCCCACGCCAGCAGUACCCCUCCCUCCUCCUCCGGCCUGCCCCCUGGCCCCCAGGGCCCUGGGGGCUUGGCGGGGAUGCCUUCCUCCAAACCCAGCGGCUACACGGCCUUCGUCUCGGCAGGGCUCCAGGCCGGGGCCCCCCAGAACGGGCCCCAGGCUGCGGGGGCCCCGGGGGACAACGGGUCCACGGCCAGCCACCCUCAGCCUGCAGCAGAACCUCCUGAGAGCACCAUGGAGAGGGACAAGGUGGGCCGGCCGACGGAGGGCGAGUCUCACGGGGUCUCCUACCCCCCUGCUGUGGUGGUGUACAUGGUGGACCCCUUCAGCUACGAGGACGAGACCAGCUCCAGCCUCAGCCUGGCUCUGCUGCUGUGCUACUUGGACAUGCUGCAGGCCCUGCCCGCUCAGCUCAGACACGCUGUGUCUGUGCAGAUCGUCCCGUGCCAGUACCUGCUGCAGCCGGUGCAUAGCGAGGAUCGGCAGCUGUACGUGCAGCAUCUCAAGUCCCUGGCCUUCUCCGUGUUCACACAGGCCCGCCGCCCGCUGCCCGCAUCCACCAACUUCAAGGCUCUGACGGGCUUUGGGCCGGGCCUGGCCAUGGACCUGACCCUGAAAAGCCCUGAGCGUCCGGAGAUAGUCCGUCUGUACACACCUCCCUUCAUCCUGGCGCCGGUGAAGGACAAGCAGACAGAGCUUGGCGAGACGUUCGGCGAGGCGGCGCAGAAGUACAACGUGCUGUUUGUGGCCUACUGCCUGUCACAUGACCAGCGCUGGCUGCUGGCCUCCUGCACAGACCUGUACGGAGAGCUGCUGGAGACCUGCGUCAUCAGCAUCGAUGUUCCUAACAGGGCCCGCAGGAAAAAGGGCUCCGCCCGGCGUCUGAGCCUGCAGAAGCUGUGGGAGUGGUGUCUGGGCCUGGUGCAGGUGACAUCACUGCCCUGGAGGGUGGUGAUUGGACGCCUGGGCAGAAUGGGCCACGGGGAGCUGCGAGACUGGAGCGUGGUGCUGAGCAGAAGGAACCUGCAGUCCCUCAGUAAGAGACUGAAGGACUCCUGCAGGAUGUGCGGCAUCUCCGCCGCCGACACUCCCAGCAUUCUCAGCGCCUGCUUGGUCGCCAUGGAGCCCCAGGGCUCAUUCGUCAUCAUGCCAGACUCGGUGUCGACAGGCUCUGUGUUUGGCCGCAGCACCACCCUGAACAUGCAGACGUCCCAGCUGAGCACACCCCAGGACACGUCCUGCACCCACAUCCUGGUGUUCCCCACCUCCGCCCACUCCCAGCUCAACAGCACCACGGAGAACAUCGACAUCGCGUUCAACCCCAUCAACCCUGAUGGCUCUGAUGGAAUGGGCAUCUUCGACCUGUUUGAGAACGACCUGGUGGACCCAGACCUCAUCAACAUCCUGCCCAGCUCCCCCACCCCCUCCCCUGGACACUCCCCAGGGGGGCACUACCACCAGGGGGGCGACGGAGGCAAGGGCCAGAGCACAGACAGGAUGGAGUCCCAUGAGGAAGUGCUGAACAUCCUGCAGCAGCCCAUGGCUCUGGGAUACUUCAUCUCCACUGCCAGCACCGGGCCCCUGCCAGACUGGUUCUGGUCUUCCUGCCCUCAGGCUCAGAACCAGUGUCCCCUCUUCCUCAAGGCGUCGCUGCACCUGCACGUGUCUUCAUCAGACGAGCUGCUCCACAGCAAGCACUCCCACCCCCUGGACUCCAACCACACCUCUGAUGUCCUCAGGUUUGUACUGGAGCAGUACAACGCCCUCUCCUGGCUGACGUGCAACCCUGCGACCCAGGACCGCCGCUCAUGUCUCCCUGUCCACUUCGUGGUGCUCAACCAGCUAUACAACUUCAUCAUGAACAUGCUCUGAACCUCUGAACACAGCACUGAGGACCCGGCCUGCGCCGAAGACUCACCGAGGAACCACCAGGAGAUAGGAGGAGGAGGAGGAGGAGGAGAAGGAAGCCUUAGAGAUGUCAUACCUUUAUCAGGGACUACAGCUACUCUGGGAGUCGGGGGGUGUCAGACCCUUCCUGAUUUAUACAUUCCUUGGAAGAGGGGGGGGGGGGGGGGGGCCUGCAGGCCCCUCCCACAGGUUAUCACUGGAAGAGGAGGAGCCUGUCUGGAGGAGGAGGAGCCUGUCUGUCAAUCAACCCAAAGCCACGAAGCCCGUUUGAACCUUUUGGAUGAUCAAGGGACUUUUCAUAAAGGACAAUAAAUUAAGUCUUUUUAACAACCUUAGAUUUCAAUCUAUGACAUUUUAUCCUAAUGAAAUGCCUGCAUAUAUAUUAUUUAUUGUACGUUUUUAAUUGUGUAAUUUUUAUUUCUUAAUAUCUUUUAUAUAUCACAAAUCUUAGAGGCUGUGUGUAUAGCCAUCUCACUGUAAAUGAAUUUGAGGUUGUUUUUUGUUUUUUUUCAAACGUCAAGUCAUUUUCACAAAUUAUGAAAAAUCGACAAAACCUGCUCAAGUGAAUUUUGCUGUAGAUCGCUUUUAGAGUAUACUUUUUUUUCAAAGGGUACAUACCUUUAUAUUGCCACAAUGUACAAAUGAAGUAGUGUAGGGAGAGUGUGGAUGUGUUUGAGAGCUGGCGACAUGCAGACUGGUUCCAGACACUGGGGAAGACAAGCAGAAGGUACAAUGUCAGAUUAUAUAUUUUAUAUGACAGAUUUAGAGAGAAUGUGAGUGUGUGUGCGCGUGAGUGUGUAUAUAUGUGUAUAUAUAAAUGUGUGCCGACACAAAUGUUGCAGCCUCAGUUUUAGGAAUAAAGUGUGUCUACCUAUUGAAAUGUUUUAAAUUUGUAUUUCCUUACAGUACAGGCAAAAUUAAAUACAACAGAGACAA